AUGGAAGCCGCUGGUCUCCUGAAUAACUUUCCAUGUUCGGUCAUUCGGGGCAUUUGUGACUAUGCCGACUCACACAAAAAUAAAGAAUGGCAGGGAUAUGCGGCGGCCGUGGCCGCAGCUUAUGCAAAAGAGCUUCCUUUGGUGGUUCCAACUGAUCAGAUUGCCACAAACCCAACAGCACGAGACACUCUGGCAAACUCAGCUCGCCGAUUUGACAUCCCACAGGAUCUUACUACAUCGCCAGUGAUCCCCAGUUCCCAGGGACAACAGCGGAAGCAAAAUGUGAAACGCAGGGUUGGGGAUGAAAAAGGAUAUACCCAGGAAGAUCAAAUGCAGAUACCACUGCCCAAAAGGCCUCAAAUCAGCUAUAUCUGUCUCAACCUCCGCUUACUGCCUCGCUGGAGCCCAGGAGCAACAUGGAGUUGA